AUGGCCUCCACAUGGAUAGUCGCCAAAUCCAAUCCAAGGCCUCAAAACAUCAGUGAAGUAAAUGGAUCCGGGCUUGACAACCUCCAGGUAAUGGGCCACUGGCAAAGCAACUGCAUCGCUGUAGUACCCAACAAACACAGCCCACCUACCCAUAAACGAAUCCUCCACACACUUAACACCCGCAGUCGCAGGAUCAUAUCUCUCAACAUCAAAAUCAAUAGUCACAUACGGAAAGCCUUGUUCGUAGAUAGAGCCUGUGGGAUCGUUGUUCGCGUCAAUAUACAAACCGUCGGGGAGAACGCUCAUCAGCACAUACUGAGUCACCAUGAGGAGAUCCUUCCCAGCAGCCACCAGAUGCUCCCCGGUCUCACACGUCAGGUCUUUGGGAUGCCACGCCUUAUUUUCCUCCGGAAAAUCAAUUUUCCGGCAGUCAACGAGACUCGGGGACAGAGGGUCCCUAAGGUCCCAAGACACCAAGUCAUAAGAGCAGACUCUCUUUCUAUGGAUUUAAAACAGGGCCAAAAUUUCAAGUUUCAAAAUCUUGAUCGCGACCUUCGCGGGCCCAGACCCUCCGCGGGUCACGACGUGAGAAUCCUGCCCACAAAUCGCAGAGCAUGGGAAAACCUCAAGCGAGCCGUCUGGGAGAGCAUCACACGAGAAUGCGCACGGGCGUUUAGCCUCGCCGACCGGGCAUGCAGCUGGGCAAUGGGGCACGUGGACGCGCUCGCGGUCACGCACACGUCCGCCGGCACGUCUGACAGACGGACCACCACGACGGCGCUGUCGCCCAGAAUCCCGCUGGAACUGCGCCUGACCGACGUCCGCCGUAUCCCGCCCGCUGCCGGAAGUGGUGAACUCCGGUACGUCGCCGUUCAUCUCGCCGUCGCCCAUAAUCCCGCCGGCACCGCGACGGAUCGACGUCCGCAACCGCACGUCCACCGUAUGCCGCCCUGCUGCCGGAAGUGGUGA